GCCAUUUUCCUCAAACUGUCAAACGCAAAUGUCAAACAAUUCUGAAACAAAUCUCAAGAAUUUUGCGAUAAUUCUCACAAAAGUGUAAGAAAUAUUAGUCAAAUUCUAAUUUACAAUGUCGGAAAAUGGGCACGAUGCGUAAGAAAACUCAAGUGUCGUUCGUGAUCAGAGACGAGGAGGAACGACGGCAUAAAAAUGGUGUUAGUUCACUGCAACUUGAUCCAAUACAGGGAAGACUGUAUUCGGCCGGCAGGGAUGGUAUUAUUCGUGUGUGGAGUACUGCGAACGGAGUCCAAGACCGGUACAUCCAGAGUAUGGAGCACCACACCGACUGGGUGAACGAUAUAGUGUUAUGUUGCGGCGGUAAAAACUUAAUUAGCGCUUCGUCGGAUACGACUGUAAAGGUAUGGAAUGCCCCUAAAGGCUUUUGUAUGUCGACUUUACGGACUCAUAAGGACUAUGUACGGACUUUAGCGUACGCUAAGGACAAGGAGCAAGUCGCCAGCGCGGGCCUGGACAGGGCAAUCUUUCUUUGGGACGUAAACACAUUGACAGCUCUAACGGCCAGUAACAACACUGUAACAACAUCAAGUCUUGUUGGCAACAAGGAGUCCAUAUACAGUUUGGCUAUGAACCCUCCUGGGACGAUCUUAGUGAGUGGUUCUACAGAGAAAGUACUCCGUGUGUGGGAUCCAAGAAACUGUUCAAGACUUAUGAAGUUAAAAGGACAUGCGGACAAUGUUAAAGCUUUAGUCGUAAGCAGAGAUGGCACACAGUGUGUAUCGGGCAGCUCCGACGGAACAAUUAAAUUAUGGUCCCUAUCACAGCAACGGUGUGUCUCCACCAUAAGAGUGCAUUCCGAAGCUGUAUGGGCCUUGUUAGCUACCGAAACCUUCUCACACAUCAUAUCCGGUGGAAGAGACAGGCUAGUCAUUAUAACAGAGUUACGAAACCCUGAUAAUUUUAUGAUAGUAUGUGAAGAAACUGCCCCUAUACUUAAACUAUGCUUUACUGCGGACCAAAGUGGGGUUUGGGUGUCGACAUCCGAAUCCGAUGUCCGUUGCUGGAAACUGCCCCCACUAAAUUCUUUAGACAUGUAUAAUCAGAAUAAUUAUAAUACUAACAAUGUGUACCAAACACAGCCUUUACACAACAUUCCUGGCGGACCUGCGAUCAAACAUUACACAGUAUUAAAUGACAAAAGACAUGUGGUAACAAAGGAUACCGCAAACAACGUAGCAUUAUAUGAUGUGCUUAAAGCUUGUAAAGUAGAAGAUUUAGGAGAAGUAGAUUAUGAGGAAGAAGUGAAGAAACGAUUUAAGAUGGUUUACGUACCGAAUUGGUUCAACGUAGAUUUGAAGACAGGAAUGUUAACAAUACACUUGGGUCAAGACGAGACAGAUUGUUUGAGUGCAUGGGUGAGCGCAAAAGAAGCUGGAUUAACUACGGAGAAUGAUCAGAAGGUGAACUUCGGAGCUCUACUGCUGCAGGCCCUCUUGGAUCAUUGGAAUCAUCCGAAUAGAGUGAACGAGGCGGGACAGAGAGUGAUUGGGAACAAUUACUUUAGUGUACCGCAACACACUCCUCUCAUAUUUAGCGAAGUUGGUGGAAGGACUCUUUAUAGAUUGCAAGUUGGUGAUGCCGGUGGGGAAACAGAAGGCAACCUCUUAGUGGAGACUGUGCCGUCGUGGGUGGUGGACGUGGCGAUAGAGAUGGCGGCCCCCAAGCUGAACAAAUUGCCUUUCUAUUUGCUACCACACUCCAGCUGUCAGAGCAAACAGGAUCGGCAAAAGAAGGACCGUCUAGUAGCAAAUGACUUCAUCCAAUGCCGUAAGGUGGCUGAACACGUGGUGGAAAAGAUCGUCGGUGGUGGCGACGUGAACGGUGCGAGCGCGGGCAGUGGUCGCGCCAGCGCCAAUGAGGACAGCGGCAACGACGCGCCGGAGGAACGAGUCGAGUUGCUGUGCUGUGAUCAGGUGCUGGACCCCAACAUGGACCUCAGAACGGUCCGCCAUUUCAUUUGGAAAUCCAACGUAGAGUUCACACUACACUACAGAGUUCUAAAACAAUGAAACAAACCUAUUUACUCAGAUCAAUUCAGGAAAUACUGCACUUUCCAUUGCAUGUUUAGACAGUGAAACAAGUGUUUAAAGGUGAUAUCAGAAAAUAAAGUGUUUAAAGUACCGCUUUCCAAAAUAUAGUGUUAAAAGUACCGUUAUCCAGAAAAAAUUGUGUUAAAAGUACCGUUAUCCAGAAAAAAUAGUGUCAAAAGUAUCGUUAUCCAGAAAAUAAAGUGUUAAAAUUACCUUUAUACAGAAAAUAAUUGUGUUUAAAGUACUACAGUCCAGAAAAAUAUUGUUAAAGUACCUACCGUUAUCCAGAAGAAAUUGUGUUAAAAGUACUGUUAUCCAGAACUUAGUGUUAAAGUACCGAUGUUCAGAAUAAAUAGUGUUAAAAGUACCAUUUUCAGAAAAAUAAGUGUUAAAAGUACUGCUACUAGUGAAGUUCUUUUAUUUUUUCGGUAUCUUACAGUGUCUAUGAGUUUUAUAUGCUUUGUUGAGUGAGAAGGAAGAUGGUUAUAAUUAUUCAAGAGGGAAAGAGAUUGCGAUAAUUACGGAGUUUUCCUUGCUGAUAUUUUUCUUUGCGGGUUUUUUCAGCUUCUGUUGUAAUUAGGAUGUUUCUGUAGUCAAAUAUACACUGCCUUCAACUUUAUUUACUAUACAUACUGUAUACAAAUACUAGCGUCUGCCAGCGGCUUCGCCCGCGUUCCCUGGGGAUAAAAAGUAUCCUAUGUAUUAUUCCAGAUCAUAAUCUACCCCUGUUCCAAAUUUCAUACCGUACCCUUCAGCCGUUUUGAAGUGAUUGAGUAACAAACAUACACAUAAACUCACAAACUUUGGCAUUUUUAAUAUUAGUAAGAUUUUCAAUUUAAAAAAGUAUUUAUUCAGUUUUGACUACUUUGAAACAUCCUUAAAGCCUUGUAUUUGAAUGAAGGAUAACUAUAUAGUUAUUAUUCACGAAAGUUGUCAUUCAAUAAUCAUCUGUAUUGGCUUUAGUUAAGGUUUAAUAUUCGAUGUACUAGAAGAUGAAACAGCGAAAAUGACUCUUAUUGCCGUAGAAUAAAGAUUGUAAUACUUAAAUAUGAUACGUUAUGUAACUUGUAAUAGAUAACUAUUCAAACAGAU